GCCUUGCGCAAGGCCGAAGCGGCGAAGCACAAGGGGCUGAAAAGUUGCGUGCGGACAUGGGGCCAGGAGCUUACCAACGCUUCCCUGCUCACCUUGCUGUUUUGGACACCCAAGCUGUUCGAGCCGUUCUUGUUCGACCGCAUCGUCGCCCCCAGUCCCAAGAGCUGCGCCGUCCACGGGGCCACGUGGAUCGGAAAGACCAGGGUCGGCAAACCCACGGCAUCCACGACUAUCGGCUUCGUUGUUUCGGCCUACCAGAUAAAGAAGCACCGCCGGGCUGACCUCCGCCCGAGCGCCGCCACGGCGAGGAAGAUUGACUUCCUGCGGCCGGAGCCUGGGGGCAAGUUCGAGCCCGCCAUCGCAGACGACACCGCGCUCACCAAGUGGGGCCCCGACGAGAUCAAGGCGUUCCUCGACCCUGCCGAGGAAGAGGCGCUGCUUCGGGCGCG